AUGUCAGCUCCUCCCGGAGAUCCUGUCCCUCCUGCUGCACCUCCCCAGCCGUUGCCGCAACAGCCGCUGCCGACCACUCCGCCCCAGGCAGCGAAGCCGCCGUCCACUGGAACCCAAAGGCGCACCCGGCAGAGACCAAAGGCAGCCGACCCUCCUGCCACACCCCAGGACUCAGACAAAGCCCAGAACUCUGAUUCUCAGCAGCAAAAGUCGGCACAGGACCAGCCGCAGCCGUCGUCACCUGCUCCCCCGCCGCCCCCGCCAGCUCCCCCUGCACACUCCCACCACUAUCCUACUCCUCCUGGGCCUAUAUUUCAGCCCUACCACCAUCCCUAUCCCAUUAUGAAUCCAACAUACCCCAUCAAUGGCCCCGGCCCCUACGGUCAACAUCCCCACCCACAGUACAUGGCACAGCAUCCUCAGGUUCCUCAGAACCCGAAUCCUCCACAACAUCCUCAGUAUGCAUACUCCAUGCACCCAGCUGCUUAUCCCCACCACCCGAGCUAUGCCACAUACCCCCAGUACCACCAGCCCAUGAUGAUGUAUCCCCCGACUCCCAGAGCCGGCCCCCAGACUCCAGACCCUGCCCAGCAGCAGGUAUCGCCGACCCCGCAGUCGGCACCCGUCCCCCCACAGAUUCCGUCCGUCUCAGCCGUGACUGGCAAUAAACGGAAGAGAAAGGAAUCUGGUCGCGGAGACAAAGGCUCGGACGACGAAACCGCCGCAUCUAACAGCGACGCAGGACGCGCUCAACAGUCCUCUCGUGCCCAGCAGCCCAUGCCCACCGAAACCAAGAAACGCACAAAGACUCAACGUGCCUGCGACUCGUGUCGAAGUCGAAAAAUUCGCUGCGACAUCUUGCCAGAGACGGAUCCACCCAUCUGUCAGCAUUGCAAGCAGUAUUCAUUCGAGUGUACAUUCUUCCUUCCCAUUACGGAGACUCGAUUCAAGAAGAAGAAACUUGAAGAAGAGGCCGCCAACCAGGAAAGGGAAAAAGCGGCCGCUGCUUCAAGUUCAGCGACUGCUGCUCAAGAGCCCCAGGCGAAGCGUGAUAUAGGGAUCAUCGGGCCGACUUCUCCAAUUUACCUAUUGCAUUCUCAAGCUAGCGUCCAUUCGAAGGUCUACGAAAACUAUGAUCAGCGCCAUCACCACAGUUUCACCGUGGGCGAGGGUGGCGACGGUAUGAUUCGGAUCCAAAAACCAACAACAGAAGAGCAACAGGUUUGCCAUCCCAGACCCCUUGCUCAUGUGGAUUCAGAGGUCAUCCAGACCUUGGUCAAUGCCUAUUUCACCGAUGUUGCCCCCAUCCUUCCAAUCAUCACCAAAGCAGAGUUCCUGGCAACCCCAAGUCCGCCGCCCAUCCUUCUUUACUCAAUGUGCCUGGUUGCUGCAGCGCGACGCGAAGUCGACCACGGUAUCUUCGAUUCUAUUAGACAUAUUGUCAAUAGUAUCAUCAAGGCCGACGAUGUUCUCUCGGAGGCGAAGCUUGUCAACGUCCAAGCCUUGCUUAUUCUUUCCAUGACUGGCGAUUGCCACUCACAAUUCGUCCCAACGGCUUUGUCAGCCCUGUGGAUCAGACUGGGAACUGCUAUUCGAAUGGCACAGGACUUGGGACUUCACCGAGCGGAAUCUGUAAAACAUGACAUCGAACAACGACGUCGUCUCUGGGCGGCAUGUCUUAUAUCGGACCGUUGGGUAAGCAUCGCCUAUGGUCACCCAUACCUGAUAGACGUAUUGGACUGUGAUGCCCGUCUGCCAUCCUCCGGAGACCCCAACGACCUCUACUUGGACGAGCUGGUGCGACUCAGCAUCAUAUUAGGCCGAGUACAGAAAACCAUAUACACACCAUCUGGACUCAAUUUCACCACUGAUGACAUGCUAUACGAACUACUCGCUGAUAUCCAGCGCUGGAAGGAGGGGCUUCCUGACCAUCUGAGAUUCAAUGGGCCAGACACACCUCAUCACGCUGGUCUUCUUCACCUUCUUUACGCAUGCGUGUGCAUGAUCUUUUGGCGUGUAUUCAUGCGAAUCAGCUACACCGUUCCAGCCCAUCUCAAAUUCAGUUUGACGGUGGAGCAAUGGACCGAAUUGGUUACAAUUACGGCGGAAUGUAUCGACUGGCUGGACGCCCACGAACGACUCUAUGACGUGUGGUUAUUGGUCGCAUACGCCAGUACUUCCCUCGCCCUCGUACAGUACCACACCUUUAUCCGAAGGAAGGAUGCUGAAGCUCAAGGCAAACUGAAAAAGCUUCGGGAUUGCGUUCGAAGAUGGGAAAGUGCCAUUUCACCUGAUCAUAUGUCUACACGACGCAAGACUGCGGAAAUUAUUUCCUUGUUGUACGAGGCCACUCAGGGGCCACCUAUGCCCAUGGAAGCACCAGCGCUGAACCCGACUGGUGGGGUUACUGGCAAGCCACCGGUCAUGCUUGAUUAUCGCAAGGAUCCCACCAGGCCAGGUGGAGGUGUAUUCAUUGUCCAAGGAAACUCUAGCCGUGACGGGCAGUUCAAAGAUGUUCCCGAAGGUACCAUAAUAAGUGAACAGUCUGCACAGGGUGGUACCGAGAUCAUCCCCCCAGCAACUUCGACGACUUCUGCCCCCCUUGUCAACUUCACUCCUCUCAAUGUUACGGGAUCUGCAGGAAGAGGGUCGCAGAGUUAUAACGUCAACCCGGCGAUGAACGUGGAAGGAUCUCAAUCCGGAUCCGUGCAAGUUAUGAACAUGCUGGACGCUUCGCAGUCGGGAAGCUCCAUGGCUGAUCUGGCUCUCGCGGACAACGGGUUCUUGGAAGGCUUGCCUGGUGGGAUGUUUGAUUGGAAUCAAUGGGAUGCUUUCUUUGCUCGAUUUACGGGUCAAGGCAAUGCGAACGCCUUUGGUGCAGGGAAUCACCAGCAGCAAGAAGUCCAGCAGCAGCAGCAACAGCCACAACAGCAACAAGUCCAACAGCAGCGGCAGUACCAACCAUCACCGCAGCAGCAACACCAACAACAACCGCCAUUGCAGCCACAGUUACAGCACGCUCAGCAUCCUUCAUCUCCGCCUCAUAAUCUACCGCCGCGGUUCGCCACCUAAAUCGUGUACAUUGUAUUACAACCCUGUCUCUUGGACUUCCCCGGACUUUCGACUCCUUUGUUUUUACUCCUGACAUACUCCAUUUUGCGUAGGGUUUGGACUAGCAGGCAGCUCGGACUGUCUUUCCCCCCAAACCCCCAGCUAUUCUGUAAAAUUAACCUACAUCAGCGCUACUUACUGUAUGUAAACCCGGCUCCCCGAAUGAGAUACCAGUGUGCAGA